AUGAUGUUACUUCGUUUAACAUCUCGUUUAUUUGUUUCAUCACCUAUACUUUCAUCAUCAUCAACAUAUAUUCCAAUUCGUUUAGCUAAUACAUUUAUUGAUGAAGAAUAUAUUCGUGAAAAUGUUCCAUCAAAUAAUCAAUCUGUAUCAUCAACAACUCUUAAAAAUCCUUCAAAUAAUGAAACGAAAUCAAUGACAUUUGCAAAAAUGUUUCGUCAAUCAAAAUUUGUUCAAUUAGGUGAUUUAAAAGGACGUUUAUUAAGUGGACGUAUUGUUGAUGUUAUUGAUGAUGAUUUGUAUGUUGAUUUUGGUGGAAAAUUUCAUGCUGUUGUACAACGACCACAAUCAAAACAACGAGAUCAAUAUACUAUUGGUGCAGUUGUUUCAAUACGUGUACAAACAUGGGAAAUGGCAGCAAGAUUUUUAGGUGCAUCAAGACAUAUAUCAUUAUUAGAAGCUGAUGCUCAAUUAGUUGGAUUAUUAAGACGAGUUGAUCGAACAGUAAAAUCACGUAAUAAAGAUAUCGAUUUAAGAUAUCGUUCUGGUGAUAGUCAAGCACCUGCUUCAAUGAAACGAGAAAUUCUUUAA